AUGCACUAUUAUGGGGAGCGGUAUAAACACCUGUGCCUGCCAGGCUCGGGCUACAUCACCGAGAGCCUCCAGGUGUGCGUGCCCCAGGCCGACGUGUGCAGCACCACGUGCCACCCGCUGAGUGUGACCAAGAGCCCCAUGCCCAGGUGGCCGAGCUACGUGCAGCCCUUCACCAUCCUAUGCCCACAGCCGAGCAUGGCCCUGCCACCCCUGCUGUGCCACCAGCCCUACGUGCAGCAGUGCGUCCUGCUGGGCCCAGAGGCUUGCGAGACCUCUCCCCUUCUGCCCUGUGCCAUGUCCAGUGAGCAGCCGGGUGCUGCGCAGAGCCUCCAGCCCUGUGAGACUUGCUGCACCGAGAAAAAGCGCGUGGCCAAGAGCCUGCCGCCGUGUGCACCCAGGUGCCCGGAGCCGGGCAAGCUCAGGUUCCCACCGUGUGGGAUCAAGUACUCGUCCUCGUGCAAGAACGAAUGCACGGCGCAGGGGGGGUCCAAGCGCUGCUCGCUGCCGGCGAUGCCCGCCCAGCAGAAAGGCUUGAUGACCCCGCGUGCCACCAAGUCUGGGUGCCCCCAUGCGUCCCGGCAUCACGCCAGCGGAAGGAAAGGUUCAAGCCAUGCCAAGAAGAGUCGCUGUGCUGCAAAAUGGCUCUGGUGA